UCAAGCUGUUACUUGAUUUUUUUAUAAAUAAGUUAAUAUCACAGUCAAUAAUAUUUUCUAUAAACAAUUUUUUUUCAAUAUAUAAUCUUAUCGAUCUCUGAAUUGAAUAAUCAUCAUUUGGUUAAAAGACUCAAAGCCAAACACAAACUCCGUACUCCCCAAGCCAAUUCGUCAGCCCUUACUUCAUCAAAGUCAAUGACUUGUAGAAAUUUCAAAACGAAUACUCUAGACGACCCCUUUUCAAAUUUAGUUCUUCACUAGCUCUUAUUAAACCCAUAAGAGCUCUAAUCAUGAUCAUCAAAUCCCUAAAUCCCCCUUUCCCUCUCUAUAGGCACAAAAACUAAAGAAUAAGGCAUAAAGCCACAACAUGGGAACACUUGUGGGACAUGUUGCACCAGGUUUUGCCUUCUUUACACUUGGUCUAUGGCACUUAUUUAACAACAUAAAACUCUUUUGUCUCCACCCAAACACCUUUACUUCAUCACCAUGGUUUCCAACUUCCAAGCUUAGAUAUUUAGAGCUCUACUUAAUCAUGUUAUCUUCAUCAGCCUCCAUAGCUAUGGAGCUCUUCAUUGGACCCAAGAGACAUCAACCCUUUGACUCUGAUGGUACCAUCCCUUCAAACCACCUCCACAACUUUGAACACUCCUCUAUCUCCAUGUCCUUCUUAGUAUACGCGGUUUUCGCAGUAGUUCUUGAUCAAGCAAGGAGUAUAUCAACUCAUGUUUCGCAUGGACUGACUAUACUCGUCGCAUCUUCUGCCUUUGCUCAACAGCUCUUCCUCUUCAAUCUUCACUCUGCUGACCACAUGGGCAUUGAAGGACAAUACCAUAAGCUCCUCCAGCUCAUUAUCUUCGUUUCUCUUCUCACCAGUCUAAUCGGAAUAGCUUUGCCCAAAAGUUUCUUGGUAAGCUUUGUCAGGUCAUCAAGCAUAACUUUUCAAGGAGUGUGGUUCGUAGUGAUGGGUUACAUGCUUUGGACACCUAGAUUGAUUCCCAAGGGAUGUUUUCUUCAUGAAGAAGAAGGACACCAAGUGAUUAAAUGUUCCAGCGAUAAAGCUUUACACAGGGCCAAGUCGCUAGUCAACAUCGAGUUUAGUUGGUUUUUUGUUGGAAUCACAAUCUUUGUCAUGUCGCUUUACUUGAUCCUGAGUGGACUUUACGGUGAAAAUGCCGAGUACUCAAUUCUUAUCACUAAAGACAAAAGUGAAGAAAGUGGUGAAGAGCAACAAGACAUAGAGUCGCUAAAGAAAAGUAAUCCAAGUUUUGUCCAGAUAGGUAAACUCCUUGGAAGUGAAGACGUGUAAAGGUAAUAGAUUAUUCGGUUGUUUUUCAUUUUGACAUUGCAACUUGUACAAAAUAUAAGAUCGAUUAGAAGUAAAAAAUGUUUGAUUGUAUAAUACUGUAUAAACUUAAUAUGAUAAGAAGUAAGGGCUGGGCAAAAUAUUCGUUUGAUCCGUUUC